AAUAAUAAGAAACCUUUUUAUCCGAGCCGUAUUGCGAAUAUCCGAAUGCUGUUUUGUUACGAAAACAUAUUGAGCGACGCGACCGGCUGUUUACUCGGGUGAAUGACUCCUAAAGUGCAUUUCUUCCGGCCUGUUUGGAUCACAAUUUGUGGGUAUUUUUAGUACUAUAGCUAAUUCUAUAUAGCUCAGCAAACGGUUAUUAUACAGUUCUAGCUAUUAGAAAUACUGACAAGCAAACCAAGUAUGGUAAAGCGUGCAAAUCGUCACAUAGCAGUGAAGUUAUUUCUAUCGCACUAGUCGCUUGUUGAUGACGUGACACUUGAGUUGAUAGAUAUUUUUUGUCACGUUGGUUGUAGGCCACGUAUGCAUUGGAAUUCUCUAAAAGGUUUUACCCUAAUUAUAAGCAGUUGUACAGAAAACAUUUAGGGUCCAAUUUGCAAGUAGCUAGCAGGAGUCUUUGUGUUUGUAUUUCACAAUUCGAUUGCUGCCUACGCAUGGCAUGUGUUGACAUCUACGUCACGAUUUCCCGCCAGACUAAGUAGUUUAAAAGUAAGGCAAAGUGUAAUGACGUGCGUGGGAGAUAUGCAUACAAAUUGCUAGCCUGGAAGUCAAGCCACCUCCCAUAUUAGCGUUCUUGCUUCCGUAGACCCUUCAGGAUCGGUAUAUAAGGCUCGGAUGGUUCAUUCAGACUAGACCAAACUAGAACUCGACGCCUACAAAGCAACUUUCCUGCUAGCAAAAUCGGGGUUGUUUACUUCCGUUCUCUAAGCUAUGGAAACAAUGGACAGAACUCCUAGCAGAGUUAAACAAGAAUUUAGAUGCGCUGAAAACCCAGACUCUCCGCAGACAAUGGACAGCGAAAAGCGGCCAAGAUACAAGAACACUAUUCACUUAUGGGAGUUUCUACUAGAACUACUAGCUGACGAGCGAUAUAGUUCACUGAUCGCUUGGAGUAGGAAGGAAUACGGCGAAUUCAAACUGAAGAAUCAAGAAGAAGUUGCUAAGCGGUGGGGAAUUCUAAAGCAUAGGGCAGGGAUGAACUAUGAGAAAUUGAGCCGCGCAAUCCGUUACUAUUACCAGCAGGGAAUCAUAAAAAAGGUUCCAGGCCAAAGACUUGUUUACAAGUUUGGUAAGCUCCCAUAUGAAUUCAAGCCACGAAAUAUGAAAUUCCAAGUAGAUGCCGAAGAACCUAAAGAAAAAUCCCCAACAAAACCCUCCUUCAGACACCCUGUGACAGAGUCAGCAUUCUUGUCUCUUACGUCACUAACUCCACCGCCAGAGACUGGGUACCAGUUUGGUCUCCCUUCACCGGUUGCACGACCUGUUUGCACAUGUUAUGAUUGUAUAAACACGUGCAUAGCACGGACUGUUCACGUGGCUAGUCCCCUUAUCUACCCGACUUCAGGAACUGUAUUCUCGUAUGCACCAUUGCCCGUUAAAAGCAUAAGACGAUCUAUACCGGUGUCUGUUAUAACAAGCACAAAGUCCUGACAAAACGCCACCUUUGUCAAUGUGUGAUUUUCUAUAAUUAUAAAAAUUCAUUGUAAAAAAUUCAUUGUGGUAAAAGUUCUAUGGGUCUCAAGUUCAUAAAGACAAAAGAAAAAAAUCAAUCCGGCUUUUACGUCUAAGUUGAGGCCCUUUAUUAAGUGUCUCUCAUUUUGCAUGCAUAUCCUUGUCAUACGCAAAAUAUAGGAAAACACGAAUUUUGAAAGAAGUUGUAAAAUAACAUAAUUUUUUAAAACUAUUCUUUUACUCAAAGAAUUAUAGUAGGAAAAGUGCACAAUAUGUUUAAAAGAUAUUGGUUUCUAUGAAACAUAAGAAAACGGAUGCAGCAUUUGUAUAUUCUGCAAAUUAAAUGAUGAAUAAAACUCGAAAUGAAAGUUUUA